AUUUACAUCCGGGACUUGAUCAUAUCCUGUACAUUUUUCCUUGUGAUUUUAUUUUGACCAUGUUUACGCUGAAUUUGUAGAAGUAUACCAAACUUGCAACCUAAAAUCUAGUAACAUGUCUGCGCAAGAGCAGAUGCGUAAUAUGUUGGAUCAGUUGAUGGGAACGCAGAGAGAUGGCGCCAGCAAGACAACGCUGAAGUACACCGACAGCCGGGUGUGCAGGAGCUUUCUGCUGAGCUGCUGUCCCUACGACAUCCUCUCCAGCACGCGACUGAAUCUGGGGAGCUGUACCAAGCAUCACGACCUGGCGCUAAGAGCCGACUACGAGAUGGCGGCGAAGACCCGGGAAUACUACUACGAGAUGGACGCUAUGGACCAUUUGAAAGCAUUCGUUGAUGACUGUGACAAACAGACAGAGGUGGCUAAGAAGAAGUUGGCUGAAACACAAGAACAGCUCAGCGAGGAGGUCAACACAAAGCUGGAGAAGGUUCAUGAGAUGGCGGAGUCGAUCGGUAAGACGCUGGCCAGGGCAGAGCAGCUGGGCGCCGAGGGCAACGUCGACGAGUCGCUGAAGAUGAUGGAGGAGGUCGAGCAGCUGAAGAAGAAGAAGUACGAAGCUGAGCAAGAGUACCGAAACUCGAUGCCGGCGUCCACCUAUCAGCAGCAGAAGCUACGCGUCUGCGAGGUGUGCUCCGCCUAUCUUGGUAUCCACGACAAUGACCGGCGUCUGGCUGAUCAUUUUGGUGGGAAGCUGCACCUGGGAUUCAUCGAGAUCAGGGAGAAACUAGCAAAGCUGGAGGAAAGCAGACGAGGGCUGUCAUAGGUCACCAACAGAGCGGAGAGAUGCUGACAACAUUGACAUGUAGAAGAAAAAGGCAGUGACACUGGGGACAUGUGUAAGCAAAUACGGCGAGGAAGUGAUUGCAUGUUAAUGUGAUUGCAUAUGCACAAGUGUUGCUUGGUUAUGAAGCAUUUGACUGUAGUAGCAUUACUUGAGAAAUACCUGCAGGUAUCUACUUUAGUUCCAGCACGGUUUCUACUAUGCAUACCAGCAAGUAUUUGUCCUCUCGAAAUGCUGCAAUAGCAGAUAUAUAAGCUGGAUUUGUAUGAAGGCUGUCACAUGCAACUCUGGACAAGUGGCGAUGUCCGAUAGGCAAACAAUUGGUUGCAAUCACAUGUAUUAUAUUUAUAUUAUAAGCUUUUUAUCUUUGCCUAGUUCUUCAUAAGCCAGAAUGUAUUCGAUAUUUAAAUUGUGUCAAGUGUCCAAGGUACAGCAGAUAUGAAUUUAUAUUAAGUUAAAAAAUUGAACUAUUUGAAUAAGUCUAAGAAACCAAACAUUAACCCAAGUUAAGAUGACAGAAUAAUAAGGUAUGAUAACCUAUAAAGACUCCUGGAAGACAUUGCCAGAAAAGUGACUAGUCCUAAGAUUUGUCUUUAAGCAACAUUUUAUCUCAGACAAUGGUCAGAAAAAUCAAACUCUAUUGUAACUAGUAUCUUAAUAAUAUGUCAAAUUUUGCGUGCCCCGAUUUCAUUCAUGGUAUCGUUUCGACAACGCCUCCCAUUACUGAACCUGUUCAUGAUGUGUAAUAAGAUUUGUUGUAUUGGAAGCCAGCAAUUAAUGUUAUCUGUCUAUACUAGUGAGUGUCACUUCAUGAUAAACUUUAUAUUUAUUGAAACACAUUGCAGUAUCAUAAUAGAAGUAUUUUAAGAGUUGAACAUUACACUUGAAAUUCAUAGCAGACCUUACAAGCAGGCUUACUAGUAUUUUUACUACUUUCCCCAUACAAUCAAAAAUGACAGUUAAACGCUUUUACUACAUUAAUUCAUUGGCAUUACUUUCUGAUUGAUAUUUCAGUUCUGCAUCACUUGAAAUGAUGAAGGUGUUUUAGUAGGUGUUAGUUUUCGAGGGUGUUGAUAAAGGUACAUUUACAGGUAUUACAUUACAGUGCGUUUCAGAAUUUAAAUUCUGCCUUCAUUGUUUAGAGAAUAAAAUUGCACUUUACAGGUUUGCAUGAAGAAUUAGCUCUAUAAAUUGUUCAUUGUAUGUUUUAGCUGUAAUCUUCUGCUGUGCUUAUUUUACCUGUAUAAAAAUCUGUGUUAUUGGGUUUAAAUUACAGAUUAAUUUACAGAGCUAGUUACAUUUUAUCUUUUAAGUUUAGUUGCAUUUGUGUUUUGGACUUGUUGAUCCACUCAUUUAAUCAUCAGGAGUGUAUAAUAAUAAAUGUAUUAUAAUUCUAUUAUUAUACACUUCUGAUCAUAUGGGAUUUGUACAUUACAUCUUGAAUCAGAUAAGACUAGUAUCAUUCUAGUCUGAUGUUGACAAAGGUAGCAGUGACACGUGCAUAGAAAUUAUGUCAGGAAUAAAAUUUAGAAGCCACUAAUAGCAGUGCACUGUGGAGAAAGCAUUUUGGUGCAGUUCGCACACCUGGACGUAGUUAACAUUGGAAUCAGUACGGCAUGGACAAACAAUUUCUUGGUGAACUCACGUUAAAUGUAAUUAGGUAAAAUCUAGAAUUGUUCAUGUUAGUAUUUCAUUAUAAUUAGCAUAGCAUGCAAUUUAUGGCCUCCAAGUAUAAAAAUGUUUAAUAAUGAAAUUCUAGUAAUGAUCCUGAUAAUCAUUUAUUGUAGACACUAUUGGUUUUGUUUAAUUUUAUGUAAACACAUGUUUAGAAUAAAAAUAUGAUCAUUUGUAUACAUGGUAA